GUCCCGAAUGACAAUGCCUACGUCGAGGACCCUAUAGACCCUGUCACUCCGGAUAAUGUCUUAGAGCAUGAUGAGAGGGAAGCCAUCGAUCUCUCUACCGCCAUUAGCAGGCGCACCCGUGGUGCCUCCAAGGUUGCUACAUACGCCGAGCCUAAUGAUGAGAAG